AGCAACGCAGAAGCCUCUAGAGAGAGUGGUUUCACAGAGAGCUUUGCAAAUGGGUAUUUUAUUUUCAUGCCAAAUUUGUAUGGUGGGUUUUACCUGUGGAGUUUGCCUCACGUCUCUGUUUCUGGCUGCUCUUGCUUCUCUGGGCAGUUUUGGGUUUGGUGGGAUUUCAUAUUCUUCCAUUUCUAUGGGGCUUACUUCUUGGAAUGCAAGUUCGGAGAGGAUGAAUUACAAUCAGAAUGUUGAGUCGUUACAUGAAAGAACUACUGGGAUUUGGUCAAAAUUUGGCGGAGAAUGAAGAAUGGAAUGAUGAAAAUGAUCAAAGGGUAUAUUUGAAGCAAACUAAAAGUUCCAAUGACUUUUGAUUUUUUGUAAUUAGAUCAGUAAUUAGCUUCCCAAAACAUGCUUCAAUUCGAAGCUAGUCCUCCCUUUUAGACUUGUAAAUUAUGUUGUUACGAGUACGGACUGCAAACUUAGACUAAAAGAGAGUGAAAGAUGGGUGGAUUGUCAGUGAAGUAAGACAGAUACUGAUGAUGAGAGAGUUUCAUCACUGUUUUCAGCAUGGGGUGCUUUACUAACUCAGUCAGUAGAUGGGGAAAACAAGUUAUUUCAAAGGCUUAGAGUAAGGAAGUCCAGUGUUCCAAAUGCCCCUCAUCUGGAGAAUUGCAGAUUGAGCGCAUAAGUAAAUAGGCGUCUUGACAAACGGGCCGGAAAUGAGAGCUUCCCUUCAUGGACUAGUUGGAAGGGAUUUUUAAUGUUUAUCCAGCAUCUGUAGCUAAUGAGCAAAUUGGGUGGUACCUUACGCAUCAAGCCAUAUCUGAAGGUGCUUAUCCUCCAUGGGAUCUCUUGCAGAUUUCCGGAUCAGAUGAAGAAAACUAUCCUCUUAAUAGGAAAGUGCGGCGUGACAUAUGGAUUCAUCGGCAUCCAAUAAAUUGCCAUGAUCCUAAUGUAAAAUUUCUUGUGGCUGACUGGGAAAGGUUGCCUGGCUUCGGUAUUGGAGCCCAGAUUGCUGAAAUGGCAGUGCUUCUCGCUAUUGCAAUCAAUGAAAAAUGGUUGCCAUUGUGAUUUAUCAAUAAGGAAAUAAGAGGGAACUCAAAAUAAGACAGCAGAGAAUAAGCAACUAAUUUUCCCUCUCACCACAGCUCUCUCCAUCCUUCAACGUUUUAUUGUUCUAUCAUUGAAUUGAUAAUUUGAUAGCACACUAGAAGCAAACAAACUUGUUGAUGUUAUUUUGGACUGGCAAGAUUUCUUAUUUCCUCAAAGAAAACAAGCUCACUUGUUAUAACAGGGACCAUUGGCUAUGUUGCACCAGAAUAUGGGAUGGCCAGAAAGGCAUCUAUGGCAGGUGACAUGUUCAGUUCUGGAAUUCUCUUGUUGGAGAUGAUUACAAGGAGGCGGCCAACUGAUGAAAUAUUCGAAGAUGGCCUGAACCUCAACCAAUUUGCCAAACUAGUAUUGCCAGAACGCGUGAUGGAUAUUGUUGAUGCUUCAUUGCUGCAGGAAGUUCAAAAUAUAGACGAAAAUGUUGGGAACACUCGAAGAAGCAGUAGAGAAAGGAGAGUCAGUAUCAAGGAUAGUCAAUCAUUAAAAAGUAUGAAUGAUGAAUGAUGUUGUUGUUGCAAGAAUAGGAGUUAUUUGCUCAAUGGAGUCUCCGAAUGAUCAAAUGGAGAUGAAUGAUGUUGUUGCAGAAUUAUGAGGAAUUAGAGAUAAAUUUCUUGGUAAUUAUAGAUUCAGAUAUAUGAUCAAAUUACUGGCAAUUUGACUAGCCAUGUGUCAUGUAUCCUUGUGUAACAUUUUCAGAUGAUAAAGAAUGCAAAGUAGUAGAACAUUUCUAUUCUUGACUUGCUUCUUCCUUACUAAAAUUCAGAACAGAAA